AUGGCUAGGGCGUUCAAUGAUUACGUGAAUCACGUUUCGUUCGAUGACCUGGCUCCCUCUUUCUUCGAAGAAACCCACCCAUUCCCAAUUCACAAUAGAGGUAGUCCGGAUGUAACAUUCAAGAAUCCGUUUCUACAGGUCCCAGACAUUACAUCCCUCGAUCGUGCGGGCCGUCAGAGUUUGUCGAACUUGGAUCUUUCCAGCAGCUUUAAGAGCUCAUCUCGAGGUUCCAGUUCGUACGCGCUUAACGCGAAGGGAGGCCUUUCAUCAGGGCUGCGAUCCCCAACAUCCGAGGUACCGUCCACCAAUAGUGGCUCUAGUACGCCAGGGGAGAGAGCGCUUCCUGUAGCGACCGCGCGUUCUAUUUUGCGUAAGCGGGAGUUUCCCACGCAUGAAGACAUCAAAGAUUUCGAUCUGACCGAGUUGGACCCUAAACAGGAACAUCAAAUAAACACUGUGACCGACAAAAACACGCAAGAAAAUUCUGGUUGUUCUCACGGUUACACAACGUCCGCAUUUGCGAAUUUAAACGAACUAGAGGAUAAGAUUAUGCGUGAUGAUUACAAGAGUCGUGGAAAUACUUCCAAAUCGUCAAGAAAAAGCUUCGCUGGUAUGAGCGAUGCGGAACUUGCAGACCUUGAAAAGAAAUACGAGGCGGCUUCGAGAACCAAUUAUGAUAUAAAACAAUUUGAUUUCAGUCAACAGGAACAACUUUACAUUGAGCCUGACCACUCCAAGCCCAUAGGUCCCGGUAACCAGUGGCCACAUACAAUAUAUCCUUCCAGACCCUGUGUGAAUCACAAGGCCUUAACGGUGACUAAGAUGCAUCGUGAUUUCUUGACUUUCGUCAAAGACAAUAGGCGAACAGAGGGUAAGGAGUCUCUCAGAACUAUACUAUGUGCUAUAUCCGGUAGACGGCACACUUGGUCUGCAGUCGAUUGGUAUGUGAAAAACCUUGCUCAAGAUGGCGACCAUUUGGUAAUCGUCACAAGGGUGCCCCAAUUUGAGGAUAUAGAAAAGCCAAAAACUACCUCUCAAACCACAUUCCUUGAUGGAUACGACUUUGACAGUCACAAAUCCAAGAGUCCUGUGGCUAGUAGAAGACCAAGUUCAUCCGAGGUCGAAUUGAUCGGAAUGGAGAUAGAUGUUUUGGCACGCGAAAAAUGUCGUGACCUCCUGCAAUACUACCUUAGCCGACUUGAAGGAAAAAUGAUGAAGGUUACUGUAGAGCUGAUCAAGGAUAAUUCUACCACUUAUGCUCUGACGUCCGCAAUCGCUUUAUAUCGGCCUGAUUUCAAGGUCGUCAGCACUGUGAGCACCAAUCUGCACAUUAAAUUCAAAAAUGGACACGUAAAGCUACCGAACUUUUUGAUGCGGCAUUUCUGGGUCCCAACUUAUGUGAUUCCGUAUGAGUUUAUCGACCCGGCGUUGUUGGGUGAGAAGACGGGGGCAGCUAGAAAAAAUAUACUGUUUCAGCCAGGGAUGACAGAUGACCAACUCAUGAAAAAUAUGGACAAAAUUUUAUCCCGGACUUUUUCCAAUCCGUACGGUCCCGCAAGCGGCACCACUUUAUCCCAGAAAGACGCUGAUACUUCCAGUGUAGACUCUUAUUUUCCCGUGGAUCCCGAGACGAAGCGCAAAACGAUAGAAUUUGAAACCGUCGGCUACUUGAGACCUGUCCCAACUCGUCGGGAGGGCGACUUAUCCAAGCAAACUUCUUUUGCAAGCUCAAAGUCUAGCCGGCGUAGUUCCAGGAUACAAUUUGCUUCCAACGACGGUAGUGGCAUGUACAAGGUCAAAUCUUUGAUAGAUUAUGAUGAGAAGGAUGGUGGCAGCGCGAAAAAAACGAAGUCGACUAUUUCAACCCACAGUAAUGGCAAUGGCAAGUCAUCUUUAGGAAAGAAGCGGCCCAGUGGCAGGCGUGCCAAGAGUGUCGAUACCGUCCCCGUCACGGAAAAUAAGAAAAAGGGCGGAAAGGUCUCGGAUUUCUUUCGAAAAAUUGGUUUCGGGAAGUAG